GAUAACCUAAUUUCAAUUUCAAUUUCAAUUUCAAUUCCAAUUCCAAUUCCAAAACCAAUCCACUCUUCUCUCCCCUUCUCUCCACCAGUACAGACCAGCAAUGGAGAAACAGAGCAAGGCGAAGAACAGCAACCAUCACAACGUAAUCAAGUUCCUCAAAGCAGCUUCUUCGAUCAACUUCAACAACCCACCUUUCAGCCCGACCCGAGACCCUAACCACAACAAUAAGCAGCAGCAGCAGCAUCAGCCCUUCUCCGACCACAAGGUACCGAACUACCAGGGAAAUUACAGAGGAUUCUCCGGCCCAAUUUUCCUGCCGAGGGUUCCCCGAGAAGUGCGCGGGCGGUUCAAGUCCGGGGAGGCGGCGGAGGAGCCGACGUCGCCGAAGAUCUCCUGCAUCGGGCAAAUCAAGCACAAGAAGUGCGGCGGUAAAAAGACCACCGCGGUCAUUCCCAAGCCGGCAGCAAAAGAGAAGAAACAGAGCAAGAAGUCUGCGGCGGCGAAGGAGCAGAAAAACCCGAAGCCGCAACAAGCCGGGUCGCCCGGGAUCUGGAAGAUAUUCGGAUCCGGGUCGUUUAAAUUGGGCCCGUCGUCCGCUCCGGGGAGGAAGAGGAGAUCGAACAGUACUUCCGCCGCCGAUAAUUUAUUUGUCUCCGACGAACUGGGCGGGGAAAGGGCGACGGCGGCGGAAGAAUCGGGGCAGCCGCUGACGGACAGGGCGCCGUGUUUGAGCCAGAUGAGGCGGUUUGCGAGCGGGCAUCGGGAUGGGUUUGGGGAUUUUGAUUGGACGGCUCGGAUUGCGCCAGAUCAUGAUCAGUUUGACCGGGAGUACGAUUCCGACGGCGACGAAGGCGGGUACAGCGACGAUGAGAUGGGCGCGAAGGAGGCGAUGAUCCCCUUCUCGGCGCCGAUUCGGGUCGUUUCGGCUGCUGACGUGGAAGGGAUGAGGCUAAGGCCCCGGAAAGAAGUGAACCUGUGGAAGAGGCGAACCAUGGAGCCGCCCCGCCCGCUCCAGUUGGUGGUCGGGUCGGGUUCUAUUCAUUAGUUAAUUAAUUCAAUUUCUUUGUUUUUUGGGAACAAUGUUUUUGAUAUUGAAACAAAAAAACGAUGUGAUGUAAAUAUCGAUAAGCUGUUGAUUAGUUCAAUUAAUAAGUCAAAGUUCUCUUCUUUGUCAAUAUGUAAAUCUCUAGGAGUUUGGGUUUUUGAAUUUGGAUUUGCUUAGCUUAAAAAAUCUAAUUGGCAAUUUUCAAAUCGUCUAGUGCAACUUCAUUUGAGGCAGCACUCUUGGCAGAUGAAUGUUAAAUCAUAAAGUCACCAGAAUUCG